AUGGGUAAUAAACAGACCGCUCACACGAGUCUCAAUCGUAGCCAUAAUAGCGGUAAUAAUAAUAAUCAUAUAUUAGCCGCGGAUCAGGCGGCGAGUGAACCGCACGUAGCAAAUGAUCUGAGACUCAGUCGCCGUAAAAAGUUGGGUAUGGAUCGCUUGCGAAGAAGUCUUCGCGAGAGCUUUCGCCGCAAGAAAGACCACAUCCCGGAGUCGUCUAAACCGCAUCAAUGGCAGGCCGACGAGGCGGGCGUGAAGGCGGGCACCUGUGUCUUCCCCGUCAAGUACUUGGGAUGCGUCGAAGUGUUUGAGUCGCGAGGAAUGCAGGUCUGCGAGGAGGCCCUCAAAGUCCUACGAAGCUCAAGACGAAGGGCACUGAAGGGCACUCUGUUUGUGACGGGCGAUGGGCUCCGGGUGGUCGACGACGAGACUAAAGGCCUAAUCGUCGACCAGACCAUCGAGAAGGUGUCGUUUUGCGCGCCCGACAGGAGUCACGAAAGGGGUUUCAGUUACAUCUGUCGCGACGGCACGACCCGGCGCUGGAUGUGUCACGGCUUCAACGCCGGUAAGGACUCGGGGGAACGGCUGUCCCACGCCGUGGGCUGCGCUUUCGCCGUGUGUUUGGAGCGGAAGCAAAAGCGCGACAAAGAGACGGUUUCCAUGAACUUUGACCCCAAGACGUCGACCUUCACGCGGAACGGCUCGUUCAGGCAGUCGUCGCUCACGGAACGCAUGGUAGACCCGCAAGUGGCCAAACCUACCGAUCCGCCGCCACUAAAACAAGUGCACAACCCGUUCGCCGUGGAGCGACCCCACGCCACCCCAAACCUACUCCAACGCCAGGGCUCGCUGAGAGGCGGCGCCCUCAACACGGCGUCGCCCUUCAAGCGGCAACUGUCCCUACGGGUGAACGACUUGCCCUCCAAUCAGGAGCGCCAAAGAGCACAUUCCGUCGAUCUGUCCGCCAAUCGCUCGACCGUGAUGCCAAUCCCCGAGUCGUCGCCGGCCAACGAACCCUCCGAUUCCAUAAGCGCUAUGUGUCAGGAGCUGUCGAAAGGGCUGACAAUACUCAGCAAUAACGACGACCCCUUCCUGUCCCCCACGACAGUGGUGUCGCCCACGCAGUCGCUCAACACUGCCACCAAUUCUGUCCCCGAAGUUGUGGAUAAGUGGAGUCCAUUGAAGCAGUUGUCGAACAAUUACACCGAGAAUUGGAUUAACGACAGCUCCAAAGCGGCUACCGUUCCCACGGAAUCCACAUCACCGGUACCUCAGAGCGCCGCUAUCAUCACGAAUAACAGCAGCACUACCACUACGACAGCCAACCCUUCCAUAGCAGCGCUGCUAAACUCGGAGCCUGUGCCGAGUGUUAAGCCCCCGGUGGCGGCCCCGCGACACAACAGCCCCAACCUAUCGCAGCUGCGACAGCAUCGGUCGCUGGACGACGAGUCGGUGCCGGUGUUCAACGCGGGCGGUCAGUACCCGUACGUCGACCCGAAGCUCAAGUAUUACAGCGAUUACGGGAAUAAUCACACGAAUAGUAGGCAUACAUAUCAGCCACAGAGGAAUAACUCGUUGGCCAACACCGGUGUGUCGGACCCUUUCGACGCGGAGUGGGCGGCCAUUAGCGCCCGACACCAUCAGCAGGCUGUGAGUCGGCCCCGCAGUACGAAUCCAUUCACACAAACGGCAGCUCCGGUGACGGCGUUUGAAGUGCAGAUGUAAUUGUAAUUAUAGUUUAUAUAUAAACAUUAAAUUAGUCGAUACGGAAAUGAAGUAACAAAUUAGCGUUAAAUUGCAGUUAAUUAUUGAUUAUAUUAUAUAUACUCUACUGUUUCUCUCUCUCUCUCUCUCUACGAGAAAACGAUUUUUCUGAUUGAAAUGUUUAGCCAAACAAAAGGACUAAUUGAACAAAAAAAAUUGUUUGUUUGAAACGAAACAAAAAUAAGUUUUUUCUAUUCAUUUGGAUUUAAUAAUGAAAAGAGAG